AUGAAGGACCGUCACGUCGAUGGCAAGUGGACCGAUAUUCCUGACCCGCCCGUACAGGCUGAAGUUCUAGACUGGUGGUUUCGAUUCCACGAAGACUUCUGCUCAGAGGAACGACGCCGCUACUAUUCGACCACGAGCCCGAAGGACCUUGUCGGUGCUGAAGCUCAGCGACAAAUUGAUCUCUUUGUCAAGCGAAAGAAUGGGCAGCCGCCAGACGCCGCGCACGACUGGAGAGAUGUUGACGUUAUCGGUGAGCUCAAGGCGUCCAAUAACAACAAAAAGGCGACGCUUCUCCAGCUCGGCCGAUACGUGCGAGACGUUUUCUCCUGCCAACCGACACGUCGCCCUGGUGCGUUCGAUAUCCAUGAAAAGCCCGAACGGUUCAUCCAGGUGAUCGCCGGUUACACGAUGAUGAAUGACGAAGAACUGGGAUUGGAUAUAUUUACAGAUCGGGAUGGCGACGGUCGUCUGAUACACAUUGAGCAGGAUGGGGCUUCAGGCAGGAAGAGGAUGCGAUUGGACUCGCAGCCUUUCACCCAUCAACGAGCAAUCGUCUGCCGCGGGACUUCUUGCUACCUCACGAAGCCUUCGGACGCCGAGGAUUGGAGUUGUGUCGCCAAGCUUUCGUGGACGUCCGACAGGCGAAAGCCAGAGGCAGACUUUCUCAGACUGGCGCAACAGAGAGGAGUCGAGGGCCUUCCAAGCACUGUGUCGACUUUUUCGCAGUCUUUUUCCCGGCCGCUGAGAAAGCGCAAGUCGGUUGAUGAUGAGGUUACGUACGAUGUGGAGGAAGUGCAGGGGACGAGUCUGCUAGCUCCCACCAACGGACCCUAUGAUAAUCGAGUUUUUCGAUGUCUGGUGAUCUCCCCAGCUGGCCGGGCGAUUCACAAGCACAAGAAAAUAUCGGAGCUUCUCGGGGCGCUCCGUGACGCCAUCAAAGCACACAGGUCCCUGUACCUCAAAGGCAACAUCCUGCACCGGGACAUUUCCGAGAACAACAUCAUCAUCACCGACAGCAAAACGACUGGUCACAUGGGCAUGCUGAUUGACCUGGACCUUGCCAGAGAACUGGGCAGCGGGCGCAGCGGGGCGCGCUGUCGCACUGGCACGAUGGAGUUCAUGGCAAUUGAGGUCCUGCAAGGGAUCUCUCACACCUAUCGGCAUGAUCUCGAAUCAUUCUUAAACUCUGAUAACAAAUGGUACACUGGCAGCUACAGAGAAAUUGCGCACGCUAAACGAGGAGACAUGGGUGUUGAUGGGGGGGGUCUGUUCGUUGGGACACCCAAGGACCCGGAGAUUCUUUACGAGCCGAUUAUCAAAGCCUUCGGCAAGGCUAUUGAUGAUAUCAUGGCUAUGGAAGGAUAA